GGGCGGGGCCUCGCCGCACUUCCGGGCCUCUGCGGCGAAGUGCUGCGUUUUGGCGUCCUUGGCCGCAUCUGGAGGGUGUCAGCGGCCACACCAAAGUCGCCCCAUGUUGCUGUUGGCUUUGGGCGGCCGGUGGGCCGCGGGACCCGGAGGGAGGAGGGCGACAUGGUGUGCGGCCACCGCGCUCCGAGGAUCUGGGCUCGCCUUCUGGCGUGCGGCCCCCCGCGUCGAGCCCUCGCGACUGCUGAGCGGCGUGCUCCUGCAGCGACCCGAGCCGGGCCGGCGACUCGGGGGAGCGCAGGUACCUGUUUGUUGGAAGCAAUGUGUCCGCUGCUUACAUACACAGUUUGAUAAACCAGAAGAUGGAAAACUGAUUUAUACUGGGAACCUGGCCCGCACAGUGUUUGGUGUGAAAUGUUUCUCUUAUUCUACAAGUGUGCUCAGCUUUGCGUUUUUACCAUAUCUUUCACAAAGUAAUUUGACAUUUGGAAGUCUGCCUCUGCAAAUCUUGUUUUAUGGCAUCAUGGGAAGCUUCGCAGUGGUCACUCCCACGUUGCUCCACUUCCUUACCAAAGGCUACGUCAUUCGGUUGUACCAUGAAGCCACAACCGACACUUACAAAGCCGUCACUUACAAUGCCGUGCUUUCGGAAACCAGCACGGUAUUCCACCAAAAUGAUGUGAAGAUUCCAGAGAGCUCGCAUAUAUUUACCACCUUUUAUGCUAAAACAAAGUCCCUGUUAGUUAAUCCAAUGCUCUUUCCAAACCCUGAAGACUAUAACCAUCUAAUGGGAUAUGACAAACCAUUCACUUUUGAUGAUAUAGAAGAAGUCAGUGAAAAGAAACUGCAUGGGGAUGAAAAAUGAACCUGUUGUUCGUUUUUGCUUAUGCUAUGUCUGUUUCAGUGUAUAAUAAGAUUGCCUAUAUUUUGUUAUUGUUAAUGUGAAUGAUUGUUUAAAAAGACGUUUAAAUGUUUUUAAAGGCUCAAACACAGUGCAGUUGGUAAUAGUGUUUGCCUUACAUGAGGCCCUGGGGUUGAGCCUCAUCAUAUAAGUUGGAGUGCUUGUGAACAGCUAUAAUCCCCGCACCUGGAAAAUGCAGGUAGGAAGAUCAGUAAUUUGGGGUUUCCUUGGUGAUGAAGUAGGUUUGAGGUCAGCCUGGACUGUGUAAGACCCUGUCUUAAAAA